GAACAUCGAACCCACUCUCAUACUUUCCACCACCACCUCGAAUCCUCUCAGCUCCUCUCACAAUUCAAUAAACCUUCCCAAAAACACUGUCAAUCUAUACACAAAGCAAUUCGAUAUGUCUUCCAACGUUCUCUCCGACCGGGACGUCAAUGCUGCUGUUGAGGCGAAGCCCGAUGUUAAGAGCAUGGAGUACCACCGACAGGUCUUGCAAAGCAAGCUUGAGGAGAACCAAGGCAAGCAAACAUACAUCUCCCCAUCCGAUACCAUCAUGAGCCCUUGCACCGCCAAGCUCAGCGCAUACCGAAGCAAGCAAGUCGGAAAGGCCAAGCCCAAGUCCCUCUUCGCAAAGACCUCCUCCAAGAACCUCGCUUCCGGAUCCCUCUUCGGCGGCCAAAUCCCCAAACCCGAGACUGAAGACCAGAAGAUGGAGGAUUAGCACCUUCUAUCGACCGCAUUUUCACGACCAUUUCUAUUCUUUGGCGGUGUACGAUAUACCCAUUUGAUUGCACGGGCGAGGAAACUCGUUUCUUUCCACACACAAAAAUUUCCACAUUACGAAAACAAAAGCGAGCACAGAUGAUAGCGACAUGUCCUUACACCAAACACACCGAUAUCGAGAAUUCUUUCCAUGGGAUAGUUGAUGGAGGGUGGUUAUGGGUAUUGAUUGUUUGCUUUUGGCUGUUGCUAUGCUGCGACGAUAGGCCUAGGGAGAAUAUUGCGGACUAAGGCGAUUGUGAUGGCAUUGGGUACUGGAGUAUACGGGCAUUCUUUAGAAUCACAAUGCGAUUGCGUUGGUUUACGGGCGAGCAAUGAAUGACUUUCUAUGACCAUGGAUGCAUGAGG